CAUCAUGACGCGCCCCAGUGCAAAGAAAGACCCGCCCGUUAUUUUGAGGGCAGAGUUGGCGCGACUUUGCUACUGCCGGAUGGCAAUCCGGAUCUCGGUUUGGAGAGGCUCAUCAGGCGAAGGGGCAAGGAAACCUCGGGGACCCUGAGACUCCGAGGGCCCUACCUCGCUUCCCGCCGGGUGGUGGCGCUGUGGCGAGCGACCGGCAGGCACAGUGAAAGGCCGUCGGCUGAAUGGAGAAAUGCAGAGGCCUGGGCGACCCGCCGCGGAGGGAGCGGAAGACAGUGCUUGGGAGUAACGGGGCUCAGCGGCUGAAGGCGCGCGUGGGAGGCGGGGGCUCUGGGUGAACAAGAGUCACAGGAUGCGGCCCAGGAGGAGGCGGGUAAAGGGUGGGAAGCGCUGCCUGUUCCACGACACGUGAGAGACUAGGAUGAGGUUGAUGUCAAGAUGAGGGGAGUCACAAACCCAACCUUUGGGGAGGUUUGGAGCUUCUCUGGUGACAGCUUCAUCAGAUAAGAGUCCACGGAGAUGUGUGAGAGACAAAGGCUGACGAGGAGAGCCUCUGUCGAUGUCGGGGGUCAUAGGACUAGCAAACCCUGUGAGGCUGAUGACAGCUUAGCAGCUUCACUCACACGUGCUUCUUCCUUGACCAGAGAGGUGGUAGUCACCAUGGAGGACCCACAGCCUGAAGAGACCGUGGAGCAGCAGGAUUCACUGAAGAGUCCUGGCAGUCCAGGAGGCAACAUCUGGGCUCGGGAGAGGUUCUGGAGACUCCUGCUGGCCUCCCCCGACCUCUUCCCACAUCCCUCAGGCCACCUGGGGGCCCUGCAGUGCACCCGCUGCUUCAUCACCUUCGCAGAUUCCAAGUUCCAGGAGCGUCACAUGAAGCGGGAGCACCCAGCGGACUUCGUGGCCCAGAAGCUGCAGGGGGCCCUCUUCAUCUGCUUCACCUGUGCCCGCUCCUUCCCUUCCUCCAAGGCCCUGAUCGUCCACCAGCGCAGCCACGGUCCAGCCACCAGGCCCUGCCCUCCAGUUGCACCCAGCACUGCCCAGCCCACCUUUCCUUGUGCUGACUGUGGCAAGAUCUUUGGGCAGGCUGCUUCUCUGAGGCGGCACCGCCAGAUGCAUGAGGCCUGCGCUCCUCUUGGCCCCUUCACCUGCACUGAGUGUGGUCAGGACUUUGCCCAGGAAGCAGGGCUGCAUCACCACUACAUUCGUCACGCCCGGGGGGAGCUCUGAGUGCAGCUGAAGCCCUUCGCAUGAUAGGGGCUGUGGGUGGUGGACCCACCCAUGAGUAGGGCGCUGGUCUUCUGGAGGCCUUAGAGGGACUGCUUCUUCUCCCAAGAAGGCAAAGGGAUCUUGAUAAAUAAGACCCAGAAGAUUCUUGUUUAGAGCAUCAGUCUUUGGAGGACACACAGGGCCUUUAGGGAAACAGUGAAGUCAGACAAUAGACAGCUCUUCUGUUUCACAAACAUGAACAAGAAAGUGAGGGAAAAUGGUUUGUACCUUCCUCAUUCCCAGUGAAGUAACUAGCCUGAAGACUGUGUAAUCAUCUGUAAUUCUUCACAGGUGGACACUAUGGGCUAUCAGAGCAAAUUGCCCCAAUGUGCUUAAACAGGAGGCUGGGGGUGGAGGAUGGGGAACGUGAGGUGUUCCUGGCCUCAGAGGCCACUGGAUGAGUUCCAGACAUGAAGUACUGUGGGGUGUGGGGGACAGGGCAGCAAAAUGGGAGCUGGACCCUAGGUCAUAUGACGGUUGCAAUUUUGAGUACUUAUCUCUUCCCACCCACUGCCAGCCUUCCCCACUCAAGGAGGGGCCACGGCCUCAGAUGGUACUGAAUGCC